UGAACGCGGCGAGCGUGCAAGACGGUCGCGCGCAGCUCGGUGGAAGCCGCUCCGCACUCGGUCUUUGCCCCGUCGGACGGAGUUUUCUUUUCAUUCUUACUUUCGUCGUCGACGUCGUCGUCACGCACAGUCCACCGAGGUCCGCGAGCUCACUGCCGUUGCACGAUAAUACGCGCGCCAUUCCGUUCGCCGUCGACCGAAAACAACGCACUCGUGUUACGAUCGCGACCGCGGUCAAUACGCCGCCUACGACCAUGGUACUGUUGAACCCGACACGGGGCAACCGGAUCCGAGGGCUGCUGCAGUUGGCGGCCUGCGCGUGCGUCUGCGUGUGCGGCGGUCAGGUGCAGUCGCAGAGGGCCGGCGGCGGUAACCGGGACGCGCCGGUGGUGAACAUCCGCCGUCAGGGAGCCGUUUCCGGCGUCGAGGUGCCGCUCAACAAGAUCGGACAUCGGGCCUGGACGUAUCUGGGCAUACCGUUCGCCAAGCCGCCCAUAGGCAACCUGCGGUUCGCGCCGCCGGAAGUGGAUCCGCCACCCGCGUGGAGCGGCGUCCUCGCCGGCAACGCGCACAAGCCCGCCUGCAUCCCGGACCCGCCGGUCCGGCCACAUCCCGUCCACCGGUUGUUCGCCACCAUCACGCCGAGUCCGGUCAAGAUUUCCGAGGACUGUCUGUACCUGAACGUCUACAGGCCCGAAGGUGUGGUACCGGAAGAAAAGUUUCCGGUCAUGGUUUGGUUUCAUCCUGGCGAUUUUCAUUGGGGAACGCCGAUAUAUUGGGACGCUUCGGUUUUGGCUGCUAGACAUAAAGUGAUCGUGGUGACGACGGCGUACCGGUUGAACAUAUUGGGCUUCUACACGGACAACACCGCGGAGGCGUCGGGCAACUGGGGACUGCUGGACCAGGCGGCCGCGCUCGACUGGGUGCAGCGGAACAUCGAUAGCUUCGGCGGUUCAACGCAGAACGUGACGGUGUUCGGGCAGGGCGCUGGGGCCGUGAGCGUGGGCCUGCACUUGGUGUCGCCCAUGUCCCGGGACAAGUUCAACCGGGCGAUCAGCAUGAGCGGCAACGCGCUGCUCCGGACGGCCGUGACGGCGCCGGACGAUCCGGAAGCCGUGUUGGACGCGCUGGCCGACAAGUUCAACUGCUUCCGGAACACGUUGACCGGAUGCCUGCGGAACGUGGACGCCGAGGCGCUGGUCAAGGGCGGCGGUUCGCUGAUCCGCUGGGGCCCGGUGGUCGACGGGCCGGCUCUGACCGGAAACGGCACCGCGGCGGCCGGUCGCCGGGAACCGUUCUUGCCGGACGCGCCGGCCGCGCUCAUGGACGACGGCCGGUUCGCCGCCGUGCCGCACAUGAUCGGCUACAACCGGAUGGAGGACGCGUUCGACUCGUUCGACGGGGUGAACGGCGGCGGUGAGGGCAUAACCAAAGAUCGGUUCGAGGCGUUGGUCCGGGAAGGCGUGGUCGAAGAAGACGAGGACGAUCGUAGGGCCCGUCAGCUCAGGCGGCUCCAGCAACAGCAGACGACGGCCACCGUCGCUCCCACCGGCGAAACGGUCGGCGGACUCUCGGACGGCGGCGGAGGCUUAGGUGGCGCGAUCGAGGACGAGGCCAACUGUACGUUGGACGUCGACUUCGUGGUGGACACGGUCGUGUUGCGGUACGCCCGGCAGACGGACGACCCGGAAACGUUGCGCCGGAACUACGUGAUCAUGGCGGCCAACAAGGCGUACGGGGCCACCGGUCACCGGGUGGCCGGAUACGUGUCCCGCCUGAACGCCACGUACGUGUACCGGUACGAGUACAAGCUGCGCGCCACCAAAGCACUUCCGGCCGCCGCCGAGUGGAUGGACGCGCCGCACGGCGCCGAGCUGCCCGUCGUGUGGGGCGUGCCGUACUGGCCGUCGGCCUCGGCCAUCGACUGGACGGCCGCCGACCGCCGGAUGUCCGACACGGCGAUGGCGCUGUGGACGAACUUUGCGCGGCACGCCGACCCGGCGCACAGGUCGGCAGGCGUCAACGUCCGGUGGGACGAGUACGAGCCCCGGAACCCCCGGGCCAUGGUGCUGGACAAGGUGCCGAACAUGUCGCUGCCCGACCAGGAACCCGAGUUCUGGAACGAGUACUAUCCCAAGGUGUUGGCCGUCGCCCUGCAGUGCUGCGCCAACCGCACCGCCGAAUCCUCGGCCACGGCCGUUUUCGCCGCGGGUGGUCCCGGGCCGGCCACAUUGGUGGCGCUCGUCCUGGUGGUUCUGUGGACGUCGUCGUCGUUGGUGGCGGGCUGGCCGUCGCCGAUGGCGUGAGCGCGCUCGCCGCACGAAUGCCGACCUAAAUAUUAAACCGAUAUAUUAUUAUAAUUAUUAUAUUUAUAGCACGGAAGUCGAUUACUAUAUACGGCAGUGUAACAAUACGAUAUGCGUUCCUAUGUGCGUUAACCGUUUUUUGAAAUUAUUUCGUACCUAUUGGCGUUCUCGCUUUGGGUCUGCGUUUUGAAUAUUUUUAUACGAAACGACGUGGACCGAUUGAGGCGGGAAAAAAUGUCGGAUAGAUAUCGAUUUCUUUCCCGAUACUCGCGCGGCGGUGUCUUUAAAUGACAUUGAAAUCCCGUGAAAUAUUACGCACGAAAAAAAAAUUUAGAUAAUAAUAUUAUGACUAGUGGGUAUAAUACGCAUAUUGAAAUAUCGGAAAACGAUAACAUUCGACUCUACUGCACCGCUGCGCGUGUCGUGAAUAGUCGACAAUAAGUGCACCUCACACGAACGAUAGGCGUGAUUCAAAGCGAACGUUUUAUCGAAACUAAAUAAUAAUGGUCUUCAAAACAACGAACAAAAGUUUAUUAUAUUAUACGUAUAAUAUUAUAGUACUGUCGUUUGAGUUUCUAGGAAAAAAAAAUACCUAACGGAUAAAAUGCAUAUAGUAUUCAAUUACAUGAUAUUGUAUAAACGAUUUACCGUUAUACUGCGUUUUUAGAACUUAUUAUUGUAUUUUAAAUUGUUAUAGAAUGUUUUGUUAUUAUUGUUAGUGAUGAAGGAAAGGGGCUUUAUUAUACGUCUUGUGUCAUUAAAAAAAUAUUUUUUAAUUUUCUAUCCUUAAAAUAUGUUUCAAUACAACUAAACAUACACACAUGUAUUUUUUAGAAGUUUGAUGGGAAUUUUUCGUUUAAAAAUCUUUAGUUAAGCAUUUAUUUACUUAGAAUGUUGAACUUUUUUAUUCUCUAUUGAUGAUUUACAUGUAAUUACAAAUACAUAUUAUACAAUGUGUUCGGGGAGAGGGAGGAAGUGACCGAUCAACGUCAUACGAAAAUAUAUCUAAAACAAUUAGUCGAUGAAGAAAUAUCCUUUCAAGAAGGGGGGUCUAACUUUUUUAUUUUUCAAGUUAUGGGCAAUUCAACUUUUUUUAAAUAAAUCUCAAUCUACAACGCACUUUUAUACGUUUCUCCAAAACUUUUUAACAUUUUGGAGACUUAUAAAAAAUGUGAGGUAAGUUUGGUUUUGUUUAAAAAAAAGUUAAAUAUUGUCAAUAUUUCUAUAUCCAUAACGUAAAGUACCUAAGUAUUAGGUAUUAUCAGAAGUGUAAAGAUAAAUAUUUUUUCUAAAAACUAAUCACUGUGGGCUUUUCAACUAUAUGUGCUAUAAAGGUUGCAUAAAAUAUACUUACUCUCAGUAAUGUCUAAGAUUAAGUCUGCUGUUUAGUUUUAUGUUUGACCACUCAUUUGCGGGUAUACCAUUCCUAUAUAGAAUACACUCCGUAACAUAAUAUUAUAUCAUUAUAUCGUUGCAAUUUAUUUGUGGAAAUAUUUUAUUCUUUUGGCACUUUUUUUCUGACAUUUUCAAAAAUGUUAUAUAAUACCUAAUUAUUGUAUAUGUCUAGUAUUAAGUUGAAGAUGUAUAUUUUACAACCAUCACACACAUAUUAUUAUUGUUUAAGAUAAAUACUAAAUAGGUUUACAAUUUACCAAUAAUUAUUAAUUUUUAAAUAUUAUUUUUAGUUAUUAAAUUUAUAUGUGGCAAUUUAAAUGUUUAUAUACACUAUACAUCGAGUCUGUAAUGUCACUAAUGUGUUAUUGCUUAUAAUUAUAAAUAGAUGUUAAAACUUAUAA